AUGGCGAAAAAAUUGCAGAUGAAUGAUGGAAUUAGUAAUGCUGUAUGUCAGAAGAGAUUAUUGUCUCAUUUGGAGAACGAUGAAUGUGAACAAUUUUUUAAGUGUUGGAAUGAGUUAUUUGUUGAAGAAUGUAGUAAAUCUGCGGAAGUAAUUUCAUUGGAAUUUAAUAUCCAUUUGUAUUUCGUGACAUUUCCGCUUCGUAAAUCACCAUCAGUUAGUGAUAAAGAAGAAUAUAGGAAAAGAAUUGAAGGAUUGAAGAAAUUGUUGGAGGAUGAAAAUGGUAUCAGAUACAGUGCUGAUGUUCAGCUUGUUCAGUACUUUGCAUUACCUUAUGUUGUUGAGCCUGAAAAACAUCCUGUUUUUAAAGAAUUAGCUCAAAAGAAAUGGGCCAAAAGUCUUUUUGAAAAUUUAAGUGUAUUUUUGGCAAAUUAUGCGACAAAUAUCGAUGAUACUCAAAAUGUUUUAUUACAAAAAUGGAUGACAGCUUAUCGAUUACAAUAUAAUGAAUUGUUGGAAAAAAAAUGUCUCAAAUUACAAUAUAAUUACAAUCGGAUUGUUGAUAUUGUCAACGAAAUGUUUAAUUACGUGGAACAAUCAAAUAAAGAAGUGGGAGUAAUUCAUCUAUCACCUGAAUAUAUUAUGGAAAUGAAGGCGCGUUUUGAAGAUGUAACAGCAAGCGCAGAACAACAUAUGCAAACAAAUAUUGCUAGUAUAAGUGAAACAUCAGACAAAAAGUGUGAUAGGCCUGGAAAAUUAAGUACACGUAUGAAAAAGAAGAAUAGAACAGUGAAAAAUGAUGAAACAGUUGACAAAUUGACGCCAAUGGUUCCAUCAAAAACACUUAUCAAAUUGAAAGAGAUGAAAGAGGAAGAGGAAGUGAUAAUGGACGAUGUGAUUGGAAGGCUUAAUUAUACCAAAAUUGGAAAUUGUCUGAUUAAGAGUGCUUCAGCAAGGCUUAGUUCUCUUUUAUUGCAAGCCUUACGUCAGCGUAUAACAAGAAUACCAAUUGAGAGUGCUGGACAGGUGUUGGAGGUUUAUGCAAAUAACGAUUUAUUGUUAUUGAAACAUUUGAAAAAUAGUGUAGUAAGUGUAAUUACAUCACAAGGUGAUAAUGGAAAUGACACGAAAGAAGAAUUGUGCCGCUUACUAAACUCUAUCGCAUCAUUUAAUCUUGGCCGAAACUAUCUCUUGGCCAAUAAUCAGGGCAAGGAAUUAAUUGCAACAUUAACGAUGGCUUUAAAAACCAAAAAAUUACACCAUUAUGCGGGUGAACAUGUCCUGGCAACACUUCAAAAGCUUAGUAUAAGAUCAUCGGUGCAAAAAGAAUUGAUAAAACUAGGUAUGGUGGAAUGGUUAUCAAUAUACCUUGGUGGUAAAUUAAGUCCAACAGCGCUUGAUUAUGGUUGUGCAUUAUUGUUAAAUUUAUGCUUAGAUCCAUCUGGCAGAUCAGCAGCUUCACGUGUGGCUACAAUUUUUACUACAACAAUAGCAAAUUUAAUAUCUGAUCAUAAAUUACAGGUAUGCACAUACAUUAACGGUAUACUCUUCACAAUACUCGGUAUUGCACAAAUAAAAGCACGAGUAAAAGAGAUCAAUUUAAUUAAUGCUGUCAAAGAGAAAAUAAACAAUCAUCAUUGCAAGGAUGACGAGAAACAGCUACCGAUUAUUUACAAAAUUCUUAACGGUGGUAAGCAUGAAGAAUUAUUUGUUAAAUGA